UGUUUGCAGUACGGAGCCUCAUUAGAAUGGUGGGGGUGUACCUAAUGUUUUGUCCCGCGUGGCUCUAUAUUAUUGCGUGGGGAAGACGUCGUUAGCCGAGCUGUGGGGAGAGGAGGGGCCACUCCUCCGCAGACCACCUCCACCCCUCCAUCCCCACUCGUCGCCGGAGCUCACCUGCGGACCCCCGGCCCAGCGGACACGAUUUGCGGGCGUUCUCUGUGGUCCUCCAUCGUCGACGCAGGAGCACACCAUGACGUCAGGGUACCAGGUCGCCGCUGAAGGGAGCUUCGGGUCGUGAGGAAGAAAAGGAGGAAGAGGAGGAUACUCCGCGGUGCUCGUUGAACACCUUUCGGGCUCGGGAUGGUGAGGAUGAGGAGGACGAUGAUGAUGGAGGAGGGCUGGCUGCUGAUAUUGCUGCUGGCGAUGCUCGCCAUUGCAGGAGGUAGCCUCGGGGCCGACACAGAAGAGCGCUUGGUGGAGCACCUCCUGAAUCCCGCCCACUACAACAAGCUGAUCCGUCCUGCCACCAACGGCUCUGAGCUGGUGACUGUGCAGCUCAUGGUGUCGCUGGCCCAACUCAUCAGUGUGCAUGAAAGAGAGCAGGUGAUGACCACAAAUGUCUGGCUGACACAGGAGUGGCAGGACUAUCGCCUGACUUGGGUCCCCGAGGAGUUUGACGGCAUGAUGAAGGUCAGGUUGCCCUCCAAACACAUCUGGCUGCCUGAUGUGGUGCUGUAUAACAAUGCCGAUGGUGUGUAUGAGGUGUCUUUCUACUCCAACGCGGUGGUCUCCUACGACGGCAGCAUUUUCUGGUUACCGCCAGCCAUCUACAAGUCAGCCUGCAAGAUCGAGGUCAAACAUUUCCCCUUCGACCAGCAGAACUGCACGCUGCGCUUCCGUUCAUGGACCUAUGACCGCACUGAGAUCGACCUGGUACUUCGGGCCGACGUCGCAAGCAUGGAUGACUUCACGCCAAGCGGCGAGUGGGACAUCAUCGCCCUGCCGGGUCGACGGAACGAGAACCCAGCAGACCCGGCCUACGUGGAUAUCACAUAUGACUUCAUCAUCCGCCGCAAGCCACUUUUUUACACCAUCAACCUCAUCAUCCCGUGCGUGCUCAUCACCUCCCUGGCCAUCCUGGUCUUCUACCUGCCGUCUGACUGCGGCGAGAAGAUGACGCUGUGCAUCUCCGUGCUCCUGGCACUCACUGUCUUCCUGCUGCUGAUCUCCAAGAUCGUGCCGCCUACGUCCCUGGACGUCCCCCUCGUGGGCAAGUACCUGAUGUUCACCAUGGUCCUGGUCACUUUCUCCAUUGUUACCAGCGUGUGCGUGCUCAAUGUGCACCACCGCUCGCCCACCACGCACACCAUGCCCCCGUGGGUCAAGGUGGUCUUCCUCAACAAGCUGCCCGCCUUGCUCUUCAUGCGCCAGCCCAGGAAUAGCUGCGAGAGGCAGCGGCUACGUCAGAGACGGAGAGCCCAGGAGCAGAAUGAGGGCGGGCGCAGCGGAGAGGCGGGGGCCCUGAUGGUGGGGCUCGGUUUGGGUGGCGGCGGUGGCGCGGGGACAGCAGGGGGGACUUCAACAGGAGUAUUCGCCAAGGAGGACGGCGACCCUUGUACCUGCUAUGUGAACCGAGCGUCUGUCAAACAGUUUGGAGGUGAUCUGGCAAGCACGGGAGGGGGCUCCAUGGACAGUCUAAAUAGGCGGAGAGAAAACCGGGAGGGAGGCUCUGGGAACCGAGGGAAGCAAGCAGCAGGUGGUCAGGCUCUGACUCAGGCAAUCCUGGCUCAAGCCUGUCCGGGCUUUGAAGAGGCUGUGGAAGGAGUGCGCUUCAUCGCCAACCACAUGAAGAGUGAGGACGAUGACCAGAGUGUGAGCGAGGACUGGAAGUAUGUCGCCAUGGUGAUCGACCGCCUCUUCCUGUGGAUCUUCGUGUUCGUGUGCGUGUUCGGCACCUUGGGUAUGUUCCUGCAGCCGCUCUUCCAGAAUUACACAGCCAAGACCAUCCACAUGCCGGGCUGACCAUGCACACGUCGCCAUCGCGCUGACAGGACGGCGCCCCGCCGCCCCGCAGGUGGGACGGGGUCGAACUGGAUCUGUGGGACAGGAAGUGAACAGCAAUCUUGGCCCCUUCAUAGAAAUGUUUAUCGCAACAUUUUUUUUUUCUUCUUGUAUGAGGAAGGGAAAACCACUCUUACCUUAGCGGACUGACCCUCCCUGCUCGCCAUCAGUCCUCGCCACCUAACCGCGACCGCUUCAUCGGCUCGUCCCCCACCCGCCUAUUUAGGCCACUGUCAGGUCACAAGGGGAAAGGAGGUUCCAAGCAUAUCACAGUUGUUCUGCAUUUGUUUAUCUGUCCACCAUGAACUGACACCGUAUGUUCUAUCAGUGCAACUGUUAAGAUGAACUGAUUUGAUGGUCUGUCACUGUUAGGGUCGAAAGAAUGUAAAGGAGGAGACAAACAGAUGAUUAUGUUGAGAGAGAUGUAAAGGGAACCAUACAACAAGAGAGAACCACACCUCAUUAUUACUGGAGAUGGACCUUCCAGAAAAGAGAUUUGUAGGAAUCAUAAGGAGAGGAAUCGGAACAAGGAAACAGAGCUUUUAUGUGUGUUAACAGGUCAUUUACAUAAGUUAAGUCCACUAAUGUUGAAAUCCCAUCAUUGAUGUAAUGAUGUCAGUCCUCCCUUUCCUUGCCUCUCUUCCUCUUGUUCUAUUCCCUUUCUGGCCAUGCCACUUCACUUUCCUUUCCUUGCCUCUCUUCCUUGGCUUCCAUUCCUUUCCUUCCUCUUUUCCUCACCAUCUAUUCAUCCAUCCAUUUUCUGAGCCGCUUAUCCUCACGAGGGUCGCGGGCGUGCUGCAGGCUAUCCCAGCUGACUCUGGGCGAGAGGCUGGGUACACCCUGAACCGGUCGCCAGCCAAUCGUAGGACAUAUAAACAGACAACCAUUCGCACUCACAUUCACACCUACGGGCAAUUUAGAGUCUUCAAUCAACCUACCGUGCAUGUUUUUGGGAUGUGGGAGGAAACCGGAGUGCCCGGAGAAAACCCACGCAGGCAUGGGGAGAACAAGCAAACUCUGCACAGACGAGGCCCAAUUUGAACCCAAGUCCUCAGAACUGUGAGGCAGAUGUGCUAACCAGUCGUUCACUGUGCCGCUCACCAUCUAUUCCCCUUACUCAAAUUUCCUUAGCUCAUUUCAUCCAUCCAUCCAUUUUCUGUACCGCUUCUCCUCACAAGGGUCGCCAGCCAAUCGCAGAACUCAUUUCCUCUUUUCUGUUAUUUAAUUUUCUUGCCUCUUGUCCUUGUCCUGCUCACCUUUCCACCCCUCCUUUUCCCUCCAUUUUCUUACCAUGCCUCCUUUCCUCACUUUCCUUUCCUUGCCUCCAUUUUCCUCAUCUACUUUUUUCACCCCCCAUUUCCUCACCUGCCCCUUUUUCAUGACUUUCCUUUACACCACUUGGUCUUUCCCUCAUUGUCUAUCUUUCUUUUGUUGCCUGGCUUUCCUUUCCUUUCCUUUCCUUGCUUGUUUUCCUCUCCUUAUCUCCUUUUCCUGCCCCUUAUUUUCUUUUUUUUGGCCAUUCCUCUUUUCCUCAACUCUCUUUUCUUCAACUUAUUCCUGUUCUUGACAUGCAUCUUCUCCUUGUGCUUUUUUGCAUGUUUCUCGUCUUUCCUCUCCUCUCGUCCUCACCUCCCUUUCCUCUGCACUCCUCCCCUUCCUUUCCUUGCUGCCCUUCCUUUCCUUCCUCCUCUUCCUUGUCCUCCCUAUGUGUAUGUACUGUAAGUGUACUCAUAUUCCAAUACAUGACCACAUCUACCAGACAAUACAAUGCCAUAUGCCCUUCCCCAAUUCUUCUAUUAAUCAUCUUUGACAUCCUCUUUCCAAACCCAUCCCGUCUGAUUGGAUUUUCAAAGCUAAAAGAAACACAUUUCAUCUCGGGAUUGCCUGUUACUGUUAGAGAUCCACAUGGCUCGCAUGUCCUGCAGCAGACGAGCGAAAGGCUUUUUUUCUUUUCUUUCUCGGGCACAUGCUGUAGGGGAGGAAGUGCAGUUGAAUGAAUUUUUCAAUAAACAAGAGAGAAAUGACAGGAGGAUCAACCCUGGCGAAUGAGUCACAGCAGCCUAAAAGAUUAAACAACAAGAAGCAGGAAAGAGACCGAAGGACACUGAAUUAUAUACAUUACAUAGCUAAAGUAUAACGGUGUGAUGUAGGCCUCUAGCAAGAGCACAAGUCAGCUUUUCACGCAGGGUUUGUAUCGCUGACGUUGGGGAAAAAAUCACUAAAUCAAAUUAAGCUGUGAGUUUGACACUCACGCGGACUGUGGCGGAUGGGACAAUUUCGCGACGAUCCCUGAGGCCCUGGAGAAGUCUCUCUUUGACCCGUCCACUCUCGUUCCCUUUCUUCUCACUGAUGCUGCCAUUAUGAACCUGUCAAUCCUUUCACCUUCCCAGAUCCUGCACACCACCCACUCCAACAAUGGCAGUCCAAUAAAGGUUGUAGGUACAGAUUAUUUAAACAAUGCAUG